CCUCCUCCUCAUCCUCCUCUUCUUCCUCCUUCUCCUCGUCCCGCUCCUCCCGCGGCAGCUUAGGGCAGAGCCAUGAGGCGCGCGGGGCUGGGCGAUGGGGCAGCUGCAGGGAGCUAUGGCUAUGCCAACAGUGGCUACAGUGUUUACGAGGAAGAGAAUGACAGGUUGACAGAAAGUCUGCGUACAAAAGUCAGUGCCAUUAAAUCGCUUUCUAUUGAAAUUGGAACAGAAGUUAAAAACCAGAAUAAAAUGUUAUCAGAAAUUGAGAAUGAUUUUGACUCUACGGGUGGACUUCUAGGUGCAACUAUGGGCAGACUGAGAACACUCUCCAGAGGAAGCCAGACAAAGCUGUUAUGCUACAUGAUGCUCUUUUCAUUAUUUGUUUUUUUUGUAAUAUACUGGAUUAUUAAACUGAGGUGAUGUAUGUUACCUCUGGUUUACAUUGUGUAAUUUCAACUCGAGUCUUAGUUAAUGAAGACAUUGAUUUAAAGUGGCACAUUUUGUGGAUAAAACACAGUGAAAUUGUUGUAAAUUGCAUUAACAAUUAAUGCGAAGUUUUAUGUACAGUUUUCUUAAUGUAUCAGAGUUUUUCCAUCGUCCCCUGUUUUGGGGGGAUUAUUUGUAAAUAUGCAGAAACUGAUAGUGUAGCGGGAUGGAUUUUUUUAGGGGAAAAUAAUUUUUAGAAUUGAUUGAAAAAAUUCAAAGAAAAAUGGUUAUUUGAAAAUGAAGUAAUUGCAGAAUUUCAAAGCUUUCUUUUUCAUUCUGCUUUUCAUUCUGGGCCAUGCUCUAAAUUAGAGCACCAGUUUCAGGCAUAAAGUAAUUUCGGUUGCAGAAGGACAAAGAAUCUGUGGAUCUUUCUAAACAGAUCUUACCUGUGGAUUUUUAAAAGGCUGGUCUGAAGCUAGAAAAUGUAAUAGUGGUACCCCUAAAAUUACUUUUGUGGUUAGAUGUGAUAAUGUUUAAGUAGCUUAAACUACUUUUUGGCAAGAAGUUACUUAAAACUGGAUUUAUAUUUUUUAAUUUAAAUGUGACAGAUCAUGUUUACACAUCUACUCUUUUAAGCAAAUGCCUUUCAUCAUUGGGACCAACCAAUAUGGACACAGUACAAAUAUUUUCUUUAUAUUUAAAGUAUUUAAAACUGAAAUGAUUCCAUUGAAUCACUUGAACUUCUACCAUUAGUAUGUUUACUUUUCAAUUAGUGAUAGUCCCUAAAUCUAUAGUGCUUGAUGUCUGAAAUACAAUGGCAGAUAUUUUGAAUUUUAUUUUAGAGCAUAUUAUGGUGCAUUUGUUGGAGGCACAGUCACAUUAAGACGCUUAUUAUUUUGAAGACUUAUUUUGAAUACUUAGCUUUGGCUCACCAAGUAGUUUCUAAUCAUUGAGGCUAUUAUAUUGCUGAGUUUAAAACUAAAAAAAAAAUUAAGUUUCCUAGAUACUGAAAUUGUAUCCACAAUUUUUGAAAAACUUUUCUAGAAAUACUGUAUGAUGUCUUAUCAUUAAUAACCAAUUAUGAACUUACAAAUAAAGUGUCCUGUAGUAUUA